UUUGAAAUUGUUUUGAAAUACGCGGGUUACGAGUAAUUGUAUCGCAAAAGAAGUCUGAAUUGUAAUUGGUCAAGCGAUCACGUGGUACUCUACACUUGACGCAUGAUAGGUUAAUUUUUUCAUCCGUGAAAGUGUGACGCAGCCUGAAUGUGAUUUUCGACUGUGUACGAUAUAAACAGUGAAACGUGAAGGAGAAAUGUCAAGUACGUAGUGGAUUAGUCUAUUGUAGAACGCCGGGAGUGUUAGAGUUUUAUAGAUUUUUGUAAGUAAUUGUUAAUGCAAUUAUCGUGAAAAUUGAAUUAAACCCGGUUUAUAGUUUAUAAAAGUUAUAAACUCGACUGUUCCUGUGGUUUAUAUUUUCAAUAUAUGAAGCAUCAAAAAUGGAUCGAGAUAAGGUCAUAGGAAACUUGCGAGCAGCAUUAUUGUCUUCAAAAGGAGGGGUACACAUAAAUGAAGUAGACCGAGAUUUUAGAACAAUUAUUGGUGAAAAUAUACCAUAUCGUAGGCUUGGAUAUCAAUCUCUAGAGGCUUUCUUAAAAUCAAUAUCUGGAAUUAAAAUUACUAAUAAAGGUGGACAAACAUAUGUAGAAGCUCUACCUAAUGAAAAGUCUUUUCAUCUUUCCAAACUAAUAUCACAACAAAAGAGUGGGAAUAAGAAAGAGUUCCGAAAAGGUUUCUACCACAAUUCAACGCCAUGUCGAAUGCCAUAUUCAACGAAGAAAGUUGUUUUCCCUGGGAAAAAUGUUAAUGCAAAUUCCUCUAUGCAGACUAAAAAUUCUAUGAAAAACAACACUAAUCAAAAACAAGAAAAGAUUGUGCCUCUCAUGCAAGUUCCAACAGGAUAUAUACCGCCAUCUUCUUUAGGAAGACCUAGAUAUAUACAACCGGUGUCGGGAGCACCUACUUUUCCUAGCAAAAGACUAAAGGAUAGAAAAUCAAAUGCUAUUCAAACGAUAAUGAACGAAAAUGUUAAUAAACAUAAUAAUAAUACAUUUUUUAAAAGCAAUGAUAAUGCUGAAAAAUCUGCAACACCUGUGAUAACAUCAAAACCAAACACACUACAGAAAUAUUCAGAAGCUUGUAGUAAUGAACAAUCAUCUUCAAAUAUAAGUGGAAGACUUAAAAUUAAUUCAGAUGUUCCAUCCCAUUCGCUCAUAAGUAAUAAUGUAUCAACGUUUCAACAUUCUGAAGUGUUAUCACCGUUAUCUCCUGCACAAUUAAUAGGAAACAAACCAAUUUCAUUUGCUACUGCACAAUCAUUAAAGGUGCAAGAAAAUAAUCAGAAGAAGACAAUUUUGAAAUCAACAGUAUCCUUAGAAGAUCCGAGACAUCAAUUGAAAAUCUGUGCAAAAAAUCUUAGUUUACCUGAACCUAUAUACAGGAUAUUACCAGCAACUACUAGAACCUCAACAGUGAUGGGUAUAUAUGCUCAUGUUAAGAUUGGACCACAUGGAUAUAGCAAUUAUCCCUAUGAUGUAAGUUCCGAAGAUGAAGCUCAACGAUUAGCAGCUGAAAUAGCAUUAAAGGAUCUUAUUGAUAAAUUUGGUUCAUUACCUAAUAUCACUGAAACUACCAAUAAAGAAUUAAUACAAAAACGUAUAGUGGCAAUUGUAAAUACUCACAUGAAUGGAGUUUUCAAAGAUCAAAUACCUUUAUAUUACAAACAAAGAUAUGGAGAGUGUUUGCCUGGAGAUUGGUUUGACGUCAUAAAAAAAUGUUCUGAAAUUAUAUUAGAAAAAGGUGCUGAUAAUUCAAUUAUUCUACAACGUUCCGAGAUUACAAAAGAAAAGGUACGUGAUCCAAUUUCACCAAAAUCAGAUAAAAUAUUAUUGAAUCCAAUAGGACCAACAAUACCAGGACAAUUGCAAUUGCCAGAAGAUCAGUAUUGGAUCGUAUAUGUUUGUUGUGUGAUAAGUACAGUCGAUGUUUGGGUUCGACUCGCUGGUCCUGAUUAUAGUGACAAAUUUGAUAUUAUGAUAGCUGAGAUGAUGGAAUGUUAUGGUCGAAGCCAACCAUCUAUAAAAUCAGUCGAGAUAGGAGAUUAUUAUGCGAUAUUUGAAGAUGAUUGUUGGCAUAGAGUUCGCUGUGAAGAAUUUGACAGUGUUACUGGAAUGGUUACUGUGUUAUUCAUUGAUCAUGGCGAUGAAGAUCAACGUCCCUUAAAUGAUUUACAUAUACUGGAUAAAAAAUUUUGCAGCCUAUCUGCACAAGCAAUGCGUAUGUGUUUAGCUGGUUUGGAAGAUUUCAGAGAUUGCGAGACUGUUUUGACUCAUAUUGAAAAUUUAUUACUUGGCCAAGCUUUUUAUGUCGAAGUGCUUAAUCAGGGCUUCGAUAAAGAUGGUCCAUAUGCUACUGUUGAAUUUUAUGAUACAAGUGGCCCAGAUGAUAUUAAUUUAAAUAAAAUUCUAUAUAAGCAAAUAUUGCAGAAUAUUAUAGCUUUACCACAAAUGAAUAUCGCAGGACAAGUAACAGAAGUUUUUGUCUCACACGUAGAAAAGAAUGGUGAUGUUUACAUUCAGAUACAAACAGAAGGAAUGAAAUACUUAAUUCGCUUGAUAAAUCGUUUGACACAAACUGGUUUAACCGCGGAUAUUUUGAAAUACAGUAUAGUUACUGUUGUCGACAGAAUGAAAAAAUAUUUUGUAUCUGUGGAUGGAAAUUGGUAUAGAGGAGAAGUGAUGAAUAUUUAUCCAAAUGGUCAAGUGAAGGUGUUCUUAAUUGAUUUUGGAAAUGCAGUCAUUGCGAGUAAAGCCAAUUUAUUGCAUUUGGAAAAACUUUCUGAUUUAUUAACUAAAUAUCCUGCACAGGCUAUGAAAGUACAUCUUCACAAUAUUGAAAAAUCAAUGUGUAAUGAGAAGAUGGUUUCUCGGCUAAGAAAACUUGUUCCACAGGGUGAACCAAUUCUUAUGAAGGUGAUCGCACAUUCAACCGUUGGUACACCAUUAGUAGAAUUGUUUAAACGUGUUCAACCCGACAAUGUUCUUGCUUCUAUCAAUACUACUUUAGCAUUCGAAGAACAUGAAAGAACUAUCGGCGACGGCAAUAAUAAUGUAAAAUCAAGAAAACGCAUUACAUCACGAGCAAUAACGAACGAAGACGACGAUAUUAUAAAAACGUUAAAACCUCCGAAGAUCACAGGACUUGGUGAAUUUUUUGAUGUACACGUUACAAUGGCAGCCAAUCCAGGAAAUUUUACUAUUCAACCAUUAGACGACAAACGAUCUUUAGAGGCGAUGAUGAUCGAAUUGCAAGAAGUUUGUUUGAAUUAUCAUGGAUCAUAUCCAACCGUUGCAUCGAUUAGAGAAGGAAAUCUUUAUGCAGCGAAACAUAUAGAUGAGCAUUGGUAUAGAGUAUCCGCUUUGAAUAUUAUCAAUGAAAAUAUGGUCACCGUAUAUUUCUGUGAUUUUGGUGAUGUAUCUAUUCUAUCGUUAGACAAGUUACAACCUUUAAAAAGUCAAUUUUUAGAAUUACCAUAUCAAGCAAUAAAGGCCAAGCUAGUUGGAAUAAGGCCUAUUAACAUGGAUUGGUCGGUUGAAGAUUGCCUAAGAUUUCAGCGAUUGGUAUUAGAAAAGAAUUUUGUAUCAAUAGUUGUUGAAUCAACUCACGAUGAUGUUAAUCCUGCUGAAACUAUACUUGGUCUAAAAUUGAUAGAUGUAGAGACAUCGGAAGACAUUUAUAUCGAUCAGCUUUUAGUAGAGGAAGGUCGUGCAGUAUAUACAGACUGAUUUGAUUGUAAUAAUAGUAAUUCAAAAUAGUAGUACCAAAAGUUAAUAUACAUUUCCAUAUUGAAAUAAAAGUAAAAAGAUAAAAACAAAAAAAAAAAAAAUAAAAAUAAAAAAUGAUAAAAAAAAAAAAAAGAAAUAGAAGAAAAAAGUCUAAAAAAAGAAGAGAAAAAGAAAAAAGAAAAAAGAAAAAAGAAAAAGAAAAGAAAAGACAAGACUUUUGUUAAAAAAAGAGAUAAUUGUAAUCUUAAUCAAAAAAAAUAGAGUGCAUGUCUCUAAGGAAGUAUUUUACAAG